UGGAGCCGCAUCAAGCUGUGAAAGUGAUUUGCUUGAAACUGGUUGAUGAUGACGAUGAACUGUCAAAGUCUCUGAAGCAACAGCAUGGAGAUUGGCAUUCUGAACUGUUAAUGGGGUCAUGGGACUCACGUUGUCAUUGAUCACUUGUGUGGAUUUAACCAGUGAGGAGCAGCAGAAACUGAUAGAAAGGCAUCCAGAAUUAACGCAGCACUGAAGGUCAUCAAAUUGUGUUCUUUUAAUUUCUGUCGGGGAGAAUGUCUGAGCAAGGGAAAGCAGAGGAAGCUGGAAAUGAGCAAGACUCAUCCAUCUCUCAGCAAGAGAACUGUAUCCAUAAUAAAACUGAAAGCUCAGAGAUAGAUGAAAAAGACGAGAAUGGCCAGAAACGAGGUACUAACCAGAACCAGCAGAAGAAGAGACCCAAGUCAGGAGGGAAGGGGAAACUGGUGCGAAGUCUCGCUGUAUGUGAAGAAUCAUGCCCUCGUCUGGAAACAGAGAUUGACAAUCAGGAAUCAAUACAGCUACAGCUUUCAAGUUUCCCCAGCCUACAAGAAGAGGAUAAAUCUAGUAAAGAUGAAUCUGAGAAAGAAAAAGAGAAGGAUAAAAACAAAGAAAAAGAUAGAAACAGUGAAAAACCCAAGAUAAGAAUGUUAUCAAAAGACUGCAGCCAAGAAUAUACAGACUCAACAGGCAUAGAUUUGCACGAAUUUCUGGUUAACACAUUAAAGAAUAAUCCCAGGGAUAGAAUGAUACUGUUGAAAAUGGAGCAGGAAAUUAUUGAUUUUAUUAGUGAUAACAGUAAUCAUUAUAAAAAGUUCCCCCAAAUGUCAUCAUAUCAGCGAAUGCUGGUGCACAGAGUGGCAGCUUAUUUCGGCAUGGAUCACAAUGUAGAUCAAACUGGGAAAUCUGUAAUUAUCAACAAGACCAGCAAUAUGAGAAUACCAGAGCAAAGGUUUUCUGAACAUUUAAAAGAUGAAAAAGGUGAAGAAUCCCAGAAGCGAUUUAUCUUGAAGCGAGAUAACUCUAGUAUUGAUAAAGAAGACAAUCAGCAAAACAGAAUUCAUCCAUUUAGAGAUGACAGACGAAGUAAAUCAAUUGAAGAGAGAGAAGAGGAGUAUCAGAGGGUGAGGGAGAGAAUAUUUGCACAAGAUUCAGUUUGCUCACAAGAAAACCUUUUUGUGGAUAACAGGCUCUUGGAGGAUAGCAUAUGCAAUGAAACCCUUAAGAAGAGACAGCUCUUCAGGGGUAACAGAGACAGCACAGGGAAGGCAUCUGGCAGUCGGCAAAGCAGUACAGAUAAUGAAUUGAAAUGGACAGACCACCAGAGGCCAUGGAGCAGCACGGACUCGGACAGCUCCAAUCGCAAUCUGAAGCCAGCCAUAACUAAGACUGCAAGUUUUGGUGGAAUCACUGUUCUGACAAGAGGAGAUAGCUCAUCAAGUAACAGGAGUACCGGCAAACUGUCUAAAACAGGUAGUUCAGAGUCUUCCAGCAGUGCUGGAUCCUCAGGAUCUCUGUCACGAACCCAUCAACCUCUCCAAAGCGCACCCGUUGUCCCCAGAGUGACAGCCCCAUCUUCAAACAGCAUUUCCUACACAGAGACUGGGAUGAAUGGCCAGGUUGUACCAAGCAACACCAGCUACAUCAUACUUCCACUUGAAGCUGCAGGGAUACCACCAGGAAGUAUCCUGCUCAAUCCACACACAGGUCAGCCGUUCGUAAAUCCUGAUGGUACACCUGCAAUAUACAACCCACCCAGCAGUCAGCAGCCUCUUAGGAACCAGAUAGUUGGGCAGUCUCAGCAACCACCUUCAUCACAGCAGCCUGUACAGCAACCACAGCAACAGAUUGCAAGUCACCUUGUUACACAGCCUGUUCAGGCUCUGCAGCCUUCUUCCCAAUCAGUUCAGUACCCAGCAGUGUCCUACCCACCUCAGCAUCUCCUGGCAAUGUCUCCAACACAGCAGUUUCCUGUGAGAGAUGACAUGACAACACAGUUUAGCCAGAUGAGCUUAAGUCGCCAGUCCUCAGGAGACAACCCCGAUUCGCCUUCUGGUCCUGUCUAUCCAUCACCUAUUAUACAGCAGUCUGCCCCGCAGACUGGUUACGUCAUGGCACCCCCAAGCCAGCAGCUUCCCCCUGGAGGUUUUACAGGUUCAGGUCCACCCGUUUCCCAACAAGUCCUGCAACCCCCACCUCCUCCACAGAGUUACGUACAGCAACCACCACCUGCUCAGAUGCCUGUGUAUUACUACCCAUCUGGUCAAUACCCUACCUCAGCAACUCAGCAGUAUAGGCCCAUGGCCUCAGUUCAGUACAAUGCGCAGCGGAGUUCCCAAAUACCACAGACUGCUCAACAAGCAGGUUACCAGUCUGUCUUGACCAAUCAACAACAAGGGUUCCAAGGACUCCUCGGAAUGCAACAGCCUCCCCAAAGUCAGAACCUGAUGAAUAAUCAACAGGGAAAUCAGGUGCAAGGCAUGAUGGUUCAGUAUCCAGCCAUGUCGUCUUAUCAGGUGCCAAUGACCCAGGGUUCUCAAGGACUGCCACAACAGUCGUAUCAACAACCAAUCAUGCUACCUAAUCAAUCAGGUCAAGGAACACUUACAGCCACUGGAAUGCCCGUUUACUGUAAUGUCAUACCUCCCUCCCCACAGAACAAUCUCCGGUUGAUUGCUCCACAUUGUCCCUCUAAUAACGUUCCCGUUAUCUCUGCGAACUGCAGAACAAACUGUGCGAAUAUGAACAAUAGCGGAUGGCAAGUCAAGUACUGAAACUGUGAAUUUAUAGUACAGAUACCUAAAGAUAGUGUGCAUUUUUUAAUGACAACUAUCUCAUGGCCUUCAACUGAAAAGAGGAACACAACACGAGUAAUCGGUUAAGGGGCAUAACAGGAGACCUCGCUGCUGGAAAUAUGUAAAAAAAACAACGAAACG